AUGCUGAAGGCGCGGCUCUACGAGCAUGAGCUGAAGCGGCGCGAGGCCGAGGCCCAGGCGACCGAGGACGCCAAGACCGACAUCGGCUGGGGCCAUCAGAUCCGCUCCUACGUCCUGCACCCCUACCAGAUGGUCAAGGACCUGCGCACCGGCGUGGAGAAGACCAACUCGAAGGCGGUGCUGGACGGCGACAUCGACGACUAUCUGGAGGCGGCCCUGGCGGCCAAGGAGGUCCCCGCGAUGCGCGAGAUCCUGCCCGGCAUCCACAUCUGGUCGAAGCUCUCGCCGCCGCACGGCUACGACUUCAACGGCUACCUGAUCGAGCUGGCGGAGACCGAGGUCGGCGGCAACCUGGUGAUCGACCCGGUCGAGCCGGAGCCGGCGGAGCUGGAGGCGAUCGCCGCCAAGGGCGUGGCGCUGAUCCUGCUGACCAACCGCAACCACGGGCGCGCCGCCAACCGCCUGCGCGAGGCCACCGGCGCCAAGGUGCUGAUCAACCCGGCCGACCGCCCCCACGCCGAGGCGCAGGGGAUCGCCGUCGACGGCGCGCUGCUGGUCGGCGCCACCUUCGGGCCGCUGCAGGCGGUCGACGCCGCCGGCAAGUCGCCCGGCGAGGUGGCGCUCUAUUGGCCGGAGCGCCGGCUGCUCUGCGUCGGCGACGCGGUGAUCGGCUGGCCGGCGGGCGCCUGCAAGCUGCUGCCGGAGGACAAGCUGGACGACCCCGCGCAGCUCCGCGCCUCGGUGGCGGGGCUGGCCGAGCUGGAGGUCGAGACGCUGCUGCCCUGCGACGGCGUGCCGAUUCUGGAGGACGCCGGCGCGCCGCUGCGCGCCCUGGCGGCCCGCUCGGCGGCCUGA